GCGCGGAGGCGGCGGCGGCGGCGGCGCCUCCUCCUGCUGCUGUUGAGCCCCAUCCCCCCGCGGCCGGCCGGUUCCAGCCCGCACCCCGCGUCCGUGCCCGCGCCCCCGCCCCCGGGCCCCGCCAUGGGCCUCACCGUGUCCGCGCUCUUUUCGCGGAUCUUCGGGAAGAAGCAGAUGCGGAUCCUCAUGGUUGGCUUGGAUGCAGCCGGCAAGACCACAAUCCUGUACAAACUCAAGUUGGGGGAGAUUGUCACCACCAUCCCCACCAUAGGCUUCAAUGUGGAAACAGUAGAAUACAAGAAUAUCUGUUUCACAGUCUGGGACGUGGGAGGCCAGGACAAGAUUCGGCCCCUGUGGCGGCACUACUUCCAGAACACUCAGGGCCUCAUCUUCGUGGUGGACAGUAAUGACCGGGAGCGGGUACAGGAAUCGGCGGAUGAGCUUCAGAAGAUGCUACAAGAAGAUGAGCUGCGGGACGCCGUGCUGCUGGUGUUUGCCAAUAAGCAGGACAUGCCCAAUGCCAUGCCCGUGAGCGAGCUCACCGACAAGCUGGGGCUCCAGCACUUGCGAAGCCGCACGUGGUACGUGCAGGCCACCUGUGCCACCCAGGGCACGGGCCUGUAUGAUGGGCUGGACUGGCUGUCUCAUGAGCUGUCGAAGCGCUAACCAGCCAGGGGCAGGCCCCUGCUUCCCGGAAGCUCCCGCGUGCAUCCCGGGGGUGACCAGACGCCCGGACUCCUCAGGCAGUGCCCUUCCCUCCUUCUUUCCUCCCCCACAGACACAGGCCCCUUGUUCCUGCUCCUGCCUGCAUGUUCUCUCUGUCGUGGAGCCUGGAGCCUCGCUCUCCGGGCACAGAGGGGUCCCCUCUCCUGCCUGCUCGGGCCUGGGGAAGAGCUUCCUGGCCAAGGCCCCCUCUUCCAAAGGAGGAGCAGGGAUCUGGGUUUACUUUUGGUUUUUGUUUGUUUGUUUUGUUUUGUUUCUGUUUCGGGUGUACCCUUGGGGCCAGGUUGGGGGGAAGGUGAGGGCUCCGGGUGGUGCUAUGGUGUGGCACUGGAUAUUGAGUAAUAAAUUUGCUGUGGUUUGUA